AUGAUUAAUAUGAUAAUGAAGAUGAGCAUCAUGAUGAUCGAGAAGAAUAGGAUGACGAUGAUGAUGAUGAUGAUGCUGAUGAUGAUGAUGAUGAUGAUUAAGACGAAAAUGGUGAUAAUGAUGAACACGAUGAUCAUGGAUAAAGAUAACAAUCAUGAUGACGAGGAUGAUGAAGUAGGUGUUCAUGAUGAUGAUGAUGGCGAUGAUUAUGAUGAAGAUAAAAAUGAUGCUGAUGAUGAUGAUGACGAGCACGAUGAUGAUGAUGAUGCCCAAGAUGUUGAUGGUGAUGUUAACGACGAUGAUUAUGAUGAUCAUGGUGAUGAUGAUUUUGAUGACGAUGAUGAUGACGAUGAUGAUGUUCAAGAAGAUGAGGACGUUGCUGAUGCUGAUGAUGACGAUGAAUUUCCUUUUGAUGAUGUUGAAGAUCAUGAUGAGGAUGAGGCUGAUGAUGAUGAUACUAAGGAUGAUGACGAGAAUGAUUUUAACGGCGAACCCAGUCGAGCACAGUGGGAACAAGAGGCAACAAUGGUCGGUGGAGAACACACAUGA